GGAAAACAUUUGUUGCUACCGCCGAGUGUAGACCACCACAAGAUUGUGUUCGUUCCAAUCAGUUGAAAGCGGGUGUCGUUUAAUUGUGUCAGUUGUUAGUUUUUUAGUGUAAUGGAGAAAUUCGUAAAAACCACGUGAUAUUGAGCGCAAAAGAAAACAGCGAUUUUCAUACUAAUAACUGAUGGCUUCAUUCCGGCUCGGUCCGUUGAAGAGUCCGAAUCGACGAUUGUUGAGUCAUCACAACACGCCGCCUUUUAGUAUCGACCCGUCGCAUCUGCAAGUAUCUUUGGAACAGACGCAAGGUGCCCCAUCGACACCCCAGGCCAAUCGCCAAUCGUCGGGCAAGUCUUCGCCUUUGCGUGGUAGAUGCGUCAAAGAAUACGAAGAGCAAUUGCAGCAGCUGCAGCACGAGAAUUUCAACUUGAAACUUCGUGUUUUUCUGUUAGAAGAAAGAGUGGGCAAAGCCUUGGGCAGGACUGAUGCUGCUGACAUUAUCAAGAACAACAUAGAACUAAAAGUGGAGAAUGAGACACUGAAAAAAUCACUGGCAGAAAAGUGUCAACUGCUGUCACAAGCAUCUGGUGCUAUCGAGGAACUUGAAAAUCAGCAGCGCUCUUCUUUGGCUGCGCACCAAUCAGAAAUAGUUUCACUCCAACAACAAAUACAGAAACUUCAAAAGGAAUUGGCUGAAGCGGAAGAGGUUCGUGUUAAUAAUCGCGUCAGUCUCAUUCCGGAUGAAUCCUCCGACUUGUAUGCCCAGGCCUUUGGUUCUUUUUUACUGAACCCGAAUCAACUUACUUGCAACUAUCCCGAUCAUCACACUAAAGCGGAGAUGGAUCAGUUACAAGCAAAAGUAGAUCAGCUCGUCAGUGAUGCUACUGUCCAAUUAGAAGAAAUGGACAAACUGACAAAGGCAGCCAGUCAGUCACAGGGACAGUUACAAGAGUAUCAGCAGCGUGUGCAAACGCUCGAAAGUAAUGUUGCCGAAAUGGAAAGCAUCCGAGCGGAAAAAGAUUUGAAGAUUUGUAAUUUAACUUCCCUGCUGGACAGCCAAACUAAAGCGGGCAAAAUCGGUGACGUCCGUCAGCCGGCCGUCGAAAAAGAUAAGAUAAUUGAAGAGAAACAACAGCAACUUGAACAACAAAAUAAAAUCCUGGUGGAAAUCCAAAUUACGUUAGAUGAGAAACAAAAACAGAUUGCUGAGCUGGAAGGGUCACUCAACGACAAGAAGAAGAAAGUUGUAGAGUUAGAAAAAAGUUUGUCCAAAGCAGGCCGUACGCUGCAAGGAUUCGUGACCGAUCUUCAAAAGAAAGAGAAAGAAUUGGAACAUUUGAAAGCUGAAGGCCGCAAGAAAGAUAAACGUGUUAAGGAUUUGACAGCCGAACUGAAAGAAGCGCAGGAGCUGUUCAAUAAAACCAAAUGGGAAACGGAGGUUUCGGGUAAGGAAGACAACAUCAAAGCCAUGGCCGAGGAGGAGAACGAGCGUUUAUGGGCUGAAUUAGAAGAGAAAAAGAAACUUCUCAGUGCUGCUGAACAACAAAGAGCUGUUUUACAGCAUGACGCAGACCAAUUGGCUUCGUUGAGGCAAGCUGUAGACCAGAAAGAACAAGCUGUUGCCGAAGCUGAAAUGCAGAUUUCCAUCCUCAAACGCCAGGUGAUGGAUCUUCAACAAGAAAUGAGUUCUAGGUCAGCUAUCCCCUUACCUCAUCGCUCAGAGAACAAUUCUAGGCAUUCCUUAGAUUCGAUAGAACAAAAACAACCAAAUGCUCUGGCUACUCAAUUGGCAGCUUACGUACGUGAGCGCAAGCAGUUGACGGAAACCAUUCAAAGUCUGAAAAACCAACUAGGGGCCUAUCAAAAUGGUAGCGGUGACAUUAAUGAAACCGUUUCAUGGAAAAAACUAUAUGAAGAGUCGCAAGAAAAAGCCAAGCAUUUGGAUGUAGAGCUCCAACGAUUAAAGGCAGAGGUACGCAGCUGGAAGAAGAAAGCAGAAGCCAACUGUAAUGAGAGUAUAAAGCCUGGAGUAGGUGACCAUCAAGUGCGAACCUACAAAAAAGAAUUGACGGCAUUACGACAACGUUUAGCAGAUUCGACCAAUGCCUGUGAUUUGUUACGAACACGUCUCGAAGAGAUGGCUGACUUUUUGGAAGAAAUCUUGUCAAUGAGCCAGCAAGAACUUCUCAAUCUGAGCAAUUGGUCGGCUGCCAGUAAACGUCGACAAGCGCUUCAGCAUUCCAUUUUACAAAGCCGGGAAUUGUCUCGAACUCUUUCCCAAUCGCUGAUGAUUGGCAUCGAUCCCGACGAGCAGCAACAACAUUCAAGUAGUUCGGUUUCGACUUGUAGCAACUCGAGCGCCAAAACAAACGAGCACCACAUGAAUUCAAGUCGAGAAAAAUCUGUUGAUAGUCUACCUCCGCCUUGCUGUGCCACUGAAGAAAUCGGUUGCCAAGUCCAGCUGGCAGCACUCUCGGAAACUAAAGAUUCGCAUCAUGGAAUAAUGUUGGAUCAACUGCGCACAGCAGUCAUCGAUUUGGAACACCAGGUCAAACUACGCGAUGAAGAAAUAGCGAAGAUGAAAAUGGCCAACCCGCCAGCUAAUAAUAAAUCCAUGCAGACAGAUCGACUUUCAUUGGCCACCGAAUGUCAAAACAAAAACAUGAUCAUCAGUAGCACACCUUAUCAUCGGCCUCCGGCCGGACAAGCUGGAGCUACGAGUCUCUCUCCAGUGGCAUUGACCAGAGGAAAAUCUCAGCCAGCAGUUUUUUCCAGCGAACUCUUUCCUCUGGAACCAGCGGAUUCCAUUAACUACUCUACAAAAGAAAGCACCAGUCCUCGAAAGGCGCAAUUGCAACCCAAACCUCAUGAAGUUGCAGUUUCAGAAUCUGAAGCCUGGUCGGAGCCAGAUCGUACAGUUUCUUUCGCUCGCAUUGGUUUACCUUUUCAACAUCACGUUGAAAUGAACUCGAUCGCUGCUCUGUUAACCAACAAGAAACCCGUCGCACAUUCCAACGCCGGUCUGCCGUCAGCAGCCGACAGUAGUGAUUCGUCCAAACGAGCAGCACGACGUUCGAAGUCUGAUCCUUGUGAAGUCAAACGUUCUGGCAACCGAUUGCGAUUACUCGAACAAGAAAACAGCCGACUUCGUUUGCAAUUGAAAGAGUUGGUUUCCUGUUUACGUUCCACUUACGACGUCCAGUUUUCGAAAGAAGAAUCUGUUUUGCUGGAAGAUUCACAAGUGAAAGAUGACUCGUUAAAUGACGCUGAAAGGCGAAAUUCGAUAGACGACCUUUCUGGUGCGGGUGACCUACCUACCGCCCAAUACAUCAUCAAUGCACUGAAAAAUCGUCUGCUUAAAAUGAAGGACGUGAUCAAGCGGCGAGACUUGCGGUUGCGAGAGGCCAAAGAUGUGACAACGCAACUCGAAUUCAAAGUCAAGGAAAAGUAUUUUCAGGCUUGCGAAAAUCAGUUGCUUCUCAAGGAGACACAAGAGAGGCUACUCGAAAAGAACCGGGAAGUGGAAUUGCUUGAAGCCCGCUGGAUCGAAGCUCAAUCGCAAUGGAUGUCAACAAAUGCCACCAAGGAACGUCAAAUUGCGGAGCUUCGAGGUACGCUAGAUGCACGUGAAACGGAGAUUCGCACUGCGCUAAUGAAAGCUCAGCUGUGGGAAACGUCUUACAACGAUGGGCAGAAGACGAUGCGUCAGAUGGAGAAUGAAUUGAAAUCCCAGCAAGAACUUCUCAUACAAUCUAUGUCCUUACUUGAACAACAAGUUCGUGUAUUGAAAGAGGAUUUGGAAAACGUCAGAGAAGACCGCAAUCGACUACAAAAUGAGUUGGAGAAUCUCAGGGAACAAACAGCUAACGCAAACGUGUCGCGAAACUCUCCAACUUUGCAUGCUGCACCACAAUCAACAAGUUAUCGGAAUAAUAGUCAAGGCAUCCAACGUCAGAGCAAGCCAAAUGUCGGAUUACGUGUCAGAUCAACCGGCCUCUGAAGAUCUUUAUCCCGUCAUCCAGACCGGGAGGAAUGAGCAAAAUACGAACACCAAUACUUCGAGACCUUCAGCACUUCAUCUUUCACCAGAUCUAGGAAUCGAUUCCGACCCUGGACGGUUCUCCAGCCUUGAACAUUCAGCUGUGGAGCAUAAGGAUGCCCGCGGCUUUAGCAAUUGGACUACUAAUAAAGUGAGUCCCAAGCAAACUGAAUCAACAAUCCACAAGGAGGGUGUUUCGCCAGACGUUUUGAACUCUUCUGGUUGCGCCAGUUGUACCAGAUGGGAAAACAAGUAUAUCAAAGCUAAGCAUACGUUGGCCGCUACACUCGAGAAACUCCAAGCUGCCAAUGUGCGCAAGGAAAAGGUUGAUCGAGCUCUCAACAAGGAAUUGGGAAAAACGCAUAACAUUCUGUGCCAGGCUCGGGGCCUUCUGGAGCAGGCUAAUCAUGGCAGCCAUUAAGUAUUAUUAUUAUUAUAUUUUUGUUUCCUUUUUACUACUGCUACAUUUCGAAGAGCCUUCAAUAACGGGAAGAAUGUGCCUCAUGUUUUAAUGUGAUUCUUGUACAUGAUAAUAGUUGAUCUUAUUCUAUGGUCUUUUAAAUCGAUACAGAAAUUCAGAAAAUCAGCCAAGAUCAAACUCUUGCUGAUUCGCUACUUCGCUUUGUCGUUUCGUUGUGCGAAAUGCAACCGGUAUGAAUAAAUAUUAUAGUCUCUUCUG